UCAGCGAUCAGUUUUGCAAGAUGAAGGUCAUUUAUGCCAUACUGCUAGUUGGAGUUGCCUUGACGUUCUGCUCAGCGGCGAGGUACGCUUACCGCUCAAGGCCGCAUACACGAGACGGUAAGUGAGAGUUAAAUUAAACAGAAACCCUAAUUCAUGCAAAGAAAACAAAUUCAAUUACAUUGUAACGUCUUGUAUGUCUUUACAAUCUAUUCCUUAUUUGGAAUUUUUCACGUGACCAAUUGAUAUAAAAAAUUUGAAACUAGAGCUGUAUAAUUUUCAGAAAUUUCAGUCAGCAAGAACUCCAACUUUUCAUUUCAGUCCUAAAUGGUGAGAUCCUGUGCCGGUUUAAUUUCAACCUGUAAUAGAGCUUUGUAUGGAAUGACAAGGCCUUGCCAUCCAAUUAAAGUUUAAUCUCUUUCAAAAGAAAAAAGUUCUUCAUUAUAGUUAGGAAAAAUAAAAUCGUUGAUUAUGACACAUAAACUUUGGGGGUUGUAAGGCGAAAGGGAGAGAUUUAACGACGGUUUUAAAAUUUCAAAAUUUAUGAGGGUUUGUAUUUAUACGUUAGCUAAAACUGCGUUUUUUGAUCUUUUUUCGAAGAGCAUUGUUUUCGUAUUUACAGAAAGUUUUUCACGUGACCAAAUGGAGCAAAGUGAUGAAGAGGGGUGAUGGAAAGACCCUGACUUGUCCCCAGUCGUUUUCUUAAAGCGCACGGUGCUCUCCUCCUUCCCAUCACAACCUGCGCGCGAGAAACGACUGGUUUCGAGUCAGGAAAAGACCCUGGGAAGGAGAUAGGGAAGUAAGGAGUAAGGCAAGGCAGUUUGUCAGAUUACACAAGCCAAGAUUUACCCUGUUGCCUUGAAGUAGUAAAAAUAACCGCAAGAAUGGUAAAAGCAAAGAAUUAUUUAGCCUGAAUUUCAUCCGAUUGCUUCGAAUCAUUUUCUCCUCUCUGUAAUAACGACUCGAAGUAAUCGGAUGAAAUUCAGGCUAAGAAUUAUUGCAACUAGACAACCGCUAAAAUGCAUACAUUUAUUGGGACACAGCCUCACGCAGCGUUGCCGUGAAAGGAUCUUUUGUGUAAUGUAAGACUUUUCACAUUGACCGUUUGUUCACAGAUCUUGGAAUCUGUGAAGCGUGCAAAGACAUAAAUAGCGGCUGUCCCUGCUGGUAUGUCGACCUGUGCUCCGAAUGCUGUGGAAAGAACCACUACAAAUGUACUUCCAGUGACUGUAAGUAUUUUCAAUACCCUUUGGAACUGAACCAUUAGUCUAUAAGUAUUACGUCAGGGGCACCCAACGUCAAUUUUCGGAAAACAUCUGUUCGGAAGACGAUUUGAGAUCUAGAAUUUUCGGAACAUUUGUGGUAAAAUUUCUUGCUUGCCUGCCUCUCCUAGGAUUUUCGAACAUCUAAAAAGUGGUAUGAUUGCCCAUUUUUAACGGAUUUUUAACCUAAAAAGGUCACCUAGAAUUUUCGGGAGCCUUUUUUCUGGCUGGAAUUUUCGAAAAGGUAAGUUUCGAUCCCUAUAAUCACGGAUCACUAGAAUUUCAGCUAGGAAAUCCGAACAGAUAAAAAAUUUUUAGGGGAUAAAAAUAUGCGUACGUAUAUCGUUUAAAUACUAAAAUACGUUUAACAAUGCUACGUUUAAGUGGUUUUGAACUAUAUUCUCGUUGGGUGCCCCUGUUACGUACUUAGAUGCUAUGCUCAAAUCUCCCAAGUCAAAAUACUUUUGUAUUUUAACAAUAAAAAAACAAACGCAGUUUGUUUCAUUAUAGAUUCCGUUAUAACAAGAAGUUAACGUUACUGUUAACGUGAUAUCGAAAAGCAGUUAUAGGUAAGGGUAAAAGAAUACAGAGACACCAAAUGUAAUGAUGCGUUUGCCGUGCCUAUCGGGGAUUUUCGAAGAUAUACUUAACAAUUAGUUCAUGCGGCAGCGUGCGUAUGUCGAGAUAUUGAGCACGCGGGAAGUUUGGAGAGCACGAAAGAGGCGUAAGAGUUGCACGAGGCGCAGCCGAGUGCAACUCUAGCCUUUUGAGUGCUCUCCAAACUUCCCAAGUGCUCAAUAUCUCGACAUACGCACAGCUGCAGCAUGAACUAAUUGUUUUAUAACAUUAUCAAAGCGAUCAAUGCAGCAGUUAACUGAAAAUUUUAAGCAGUACGCGUUAAUGAUUACGUGACUAUAUUUUUUUUCCUCACAGUUAAUCUUAUGUUUUUAUCCUGAAACUGAGAGAAAGUGUACUCUAAAAUGAUUGCAAAAUCCAUAUUUAGGUGCCGGAAAACUUUUAAUUUACCGAAAAAUUGUUAUUGAGAGAAAACAACUUUGCAAAGAAUGAUCUCACGCCAUAGCCCGCACAGCUCGCCGAGAUGACAACAACAACAACAACACUCACCUCUUUUCCUUACUAUCGGUUAACAAAUUCAAACCUUUCCUCUUAAAUUUCCUUAUAAAACACAUGGUAAACGCUUCAUUGUCUAUUGCUGAGUUAUGGAUGCACUCGGGAGACUCAGGAUUGCUAAGCUCCCAACAACUCGAGGAAUUACGAAUAGUUUAUUGACGUCAUCAGCGUGCUCAAUAGGAAUAUGAAGCACGCUCGCGCUAUUGAAUUUGAUUAGGCGAAUUUUCUAGCUAUGUUAUAAAGCUAUUUCGAGAGAGGUUGUCGGAAAAAGUGCACGCGACAACCCCGAAAGGCAUUGUGGGUGGUUUUAAGUUCACUGCUUAAAAGAAAGUUGAAAGAAUUGGUACGAAAGGCCGCGGAAAUGUGUUUGCGAGUGCUAAAGGAAAGCCAACAAAAGUAGGUUCGACAGGUACAGUCGUCAGAAACAGUGUAAUGAUCAUAUCCCGUAUUACCUUUCGAGAUUGUCGCGUGCACAUUUUUCCGACAACCUUUCUCGAAAUAGCUGUAUAUUUUAAAACAAUUAGUGCUCUAUCAACCGUGCUAAACCUGUAGCUGUUAAGUUAGGUGCAAAAACUGAGAAAAGAAGAAUUCUACCGCAAACAGUAGAAUGGAGUAAAACAGUAAAAGGUCAAACCUUAGUGUACGACUGAUCAAACACAAAAAGGAGCUUUGAUUUUCGCGUUCAGUAGACAUUGUAACGGCUGUUUCUAUGAUUUUAUAUUCCAGGCGACAAAUCACAAUCUGAAAUGCCGGAUUGGGUCCAACGCUGCAACCCAGGUAAGAGAAAAGUUUGAUCAGUUUCAAAGUAACAUAGUUCUCAAUCAAAUCCAGAGUUAAAAUGUCAGUCGCGAUUACAAUGAAACAUUUCCCACGCGUGUGUGACCGCCUCUUUCAAGAUUAAAAAAAAUAUAUGACACAUCAGGACGCCGAGAAUACCGGGACCAACUGUCAUUGCUUUUUCCUCCGUGUGCCACAUAACAUGAUGUCUGUCCGCCAAAACCACGGGAAAUUGGUUUUCUUUACCCUGUCUACGGUCAUAAUUCGAUCUGACUGUUAUAAGCAUUUAUUCAUGCCGUGUCGAGGAAUAGAAUUCAGUUUUUUAUUUCACCAACUUCAAUUUGAAAUUAUUUUUUUCUUUCUCUUUCAGCAAAGAAGUGAUCUAUGAAACAGCCGCCGAUAUACACUAAGAGCUGACUGAGGGUUUUGCUGACGGAAAGCCCGCAAAAGUUUUCCACGGAAAAGGAGUAAAAGAACCCCGUAAUUUGUUGCAAAGUUUAGGCUAUGAAGGCCCGUUCUGGUCAAAAUUGCAUGAUUAAUUUUUCCCUCUUGAUGAAUUAAUUUGAUGAGUACCUGCUAUUAAUAUUUUGUCUGUUUGUAAUUAUUUUUUCCUAUGCCUGUAAUUAUUUUCGUGUUCUUUUUAACUUUUCCAUGCGUCACAAUUAUUUUUUCCUCACCAGGAAUUAAUUUUUUUAUGUGCCAUCUUUAUUAUUACGCUUCUUUGAAAUUAUUUUUGUCCAUUACAUUUGAUAAUUAAUUGAUUUUGUCCUACGCAACUCAUAAUAUAAUGAUAAUUUAAUUUUUUCCAUUCGAGAAUUAUUUUUUUGUUAGUCAUAAUUAUUUUUUCGUAGUUUUGGCAAAUGUCCCAUAAGCCUCUGAGGUAAUGCACCUAAAACAAACAUAACUAUAAACAAAAAAUAAACCGAAAUCAACCAGGCAAAAUAAUUUUUCUCUCGACUAUUCAUAGAUUUAGGCAAUAAUAAUAAUUUUUCCAGCAGCCUCGUUUCGAGGCAAUAACCGCUUUCGCUGCGAGGCAGCUCCUCUGUUAAUGCCAAAUGAACUGAAAAAAAAAAAAGAUAAUGGCGUUCACGGCUAUCCGAAAACGAAAGAGCCGAAUUUUUGAACGGGAGAAGUGCAAGAAUACGCAAAAAAAUAUAUAUAUCACUCAAUGGAUGUUACCUACUUUUUGACGAGCCGAUCUGCAAGAAAAAAACCGAUCUAUGUAUACAAGAACCAUAAUACCUCUUGAUUUAUAUCCUAAAACUGUGACGAGAAACAGGCAAAUGUUUAAGAAAAGUCAAGGAGGAGAAAAGGUUGUUAAGAACUAAGAAUAUUUUGAAUGAAGAUGAUAAAACAAUUAUUGAACUCGGCUUUCGUAUGACGUGAAGAAUUAUGCAGAUCUUGGCCAAUCCUUUUCCGUCUCAUUCAAUAACUAUAAAAUAACUAACGCAAAGGCAGAUUAAAGCCCCCUUAUCUGAGCACGGCUGGUUCGACUGACUCAGACUCCCACGUAGACGUUCUUAGGGGUACGUCACGCGUUCUCACCCUUCGCUGUAAUUGGGAGUUAUUUAAUAACUUAAGGACCAGAAAGCCGUAUUGUGUUUUCAAUUACCAUAUGAUUUUUUUCAUUUAGAAAGCAAUGUAACACGUUUUUUAAAUGAAAGAAGCAAACUUACUUGGUAUGGGGACAAAAAAGAUCCCGCACCUGCCGCCUGACCGAGCUCGUGUAAAAGACUAUUUAUUCGAGCAAUAUUUAAUUGCCCCCAUAUUACGCCAAGAUCUUGUUUUUCUUUCUUGACAGACCAUCAUAUAAAAUUUGCAGAAGACAAAAGUAAAUUAACAUGUAUAACAUUGCUUUUCAUAACAACGAGCUCUGAAAAACUUUCCUGUUGACUUUCCUGUCUGCCAAUCGGUAAAAUAGUCUAAGAAGACCCACAGGUCACGUACACAUGCCUUAAAUAGAAUGGGCUUAAAUUCAUUUAAGCAUUUUGUGAAUUAGAUUGCUAUAGGACAUAUCUUAGAAUAUCUAAAAAACGUCUCCGCGUUCAUAUAUCCAGAUAUAUGUUGCGGCUAGGAUUUCGUGAAUGGUUUCAGAACCGAUUUAUGGACUCUGUGACAUGUUAUUGCUGCAAAUUUUAACUCGAUCGACUUACGACACCUGACUCAGCACCUGUCAGUGUCCAUUAAGACCUUCUACAGUAGUGCAAACCAUUUCCAUUCGGAAGUUGUGAGAACGGCCGAACCACAUCUCAAGCAGGUCUGUAUUUCAAGCGUGGACAACUUUUACGACUGGGAGCGGCGAGCAAGGAUUCAAAACUCAUUUGGUGAGUAAAACAUUGCUCAUUAUAUUGUUAUUAUUCAGUUAUUAAAGUAUUGUUCAUUUGUUUCACAUACAAUAAGUAAUCGUCGCCGAAAAAAUGGUGCUAAGUCGCCUAGCCUGUUUUAAGAAGAGAAGGAGUCAUAAAGGCCCGAUGUCUGACUCCUUAAGAUAUUGGUAAAGUUUCAAAGUUUGAACAGCUGAAAUGAUCAUCACGGACUGCGAAGACUUGUCACAACACUAAGAUGCGGUUAAUACACUUUAUAUUGGUGGCACUUUGCGUUGUUCAUUGUUUCAGAUAUCCCAUAAAGAAUCCUUCUAUUGGUUACAUGUAUUCUACUGAAACACCUUGGCUCAAAUAUUAGUCGAUACCCACUGUUUUUUCCCUCUGAUCUCGUAAACAAAAAGUCUUGAAAGUACGAACGGGAAGGCUUGCAACAGUUACAAUAUCACACAAACAAAACAAACGCUCAAAUCGUAUUUUUCGCAAGGUGGCAUUUUAAACUGUUAUAGAGAAAUUAUUUCACAAAACUGUGCAAAGUAAAAACGUCAGGAAUACAGAGGUUACACGAGUCAUGAUUAAAAACGUACGGAAAUAUAGAAAUAGAAAUAGAUUGCUAUAGCCUGAUUUCCGACUACGACCGCGCUGCAAAAAUGACCCAGGGAUCUGAACGAUCAUGCUCUGAUAACAGGGGAACAAGCGUUAGAAGGGAACUGAAGACUGUCUACGAUUGCUGAAGAUGGUUUCCAUUUACAUGUACUAGCUGCAAUCACUGAACGCCGGCGAACGCGGUGAUGAUAUGGAAACCGGCCUUUCUUAACAAAAAGCGCGAAUUGAAAACUUUUCGUUUACCAAUUGCAAUAACGCAAAAAGGCAAAAAGCAGAUAAAAGCUAAAAGUAUAAUAGGAAUUGUACUUGCUAAUAAACCAGCAUAGGGUUCACCCAUUUGCAACAUACGCGUAGAGCCGUUGUAUUUAAAUUUGUUUUUACACCUUAAAAACGCCUAUGCUGUGAAUGAAUGCAUCCUAGAGUCAUUUUUUUACUAAGCCUUAUUAAUUCCUCUCAUUGGCUUUUUCCUUCUGGCAUUUUUCUGGGCAAAAGUUGAGUUCGAGUGUGGUUGACGGGAUAAAUUGGCAAGUAACUCCAGUUCCAGAAUCCUAGCCUCUGAUGGUUCUACAUUAGCUACAUUAGUUUCGUCUGUCAACGCCCUCGAUAAAUCACACAAUGACUUUCGCGGCAAUCACAACACUUCCGAAAACCACUCAUAAUAUUUCCACAUUUGACACGGGCGAAACAUCGUCAAAUUACUCCGAAAAAAUCUCGCUUUCUCCACAUACAUAGUCGCAUGGAAACUUUUCUCCACUCACACAGUCGAUUUAUUCAAAAUCCCGGAUAUAAACCAGCGGUCGAAAAGGAGACAUAGUGCCCCCGCCUUUCCAAACAAUUUUUUACUAAGUCUUUGCCAGGCCUGGUCAGAAAUCAGCAUCAAUUUCCAUCUCGCCGAAUAGACUUCACCACUAGAACCUACUUUGUGAGGGCAAAGACUUUUUACUGCCAACAACAAAGCGCGUUUAUUUUUUUUUUCAGUAAAGAAUAACAAGGUCAACUUCUGAUAAGCAGUUUUAAAAUCAUCUGCGGCAGCCGAAUUUUCCAAAAACGAGCUAUAAGUUUGAGUUCAUAACUCUGGGAAGAUAAAAUUCAGUUUUCAACACCUGCCUUUAGAAAAAAAAAAAAAAGAAUUGCGCAUUUUCAUUGGCAUCCUAAUCUUGGUAUAUUAUUCACGUUUCAGUUAAGCCAGGAUCUCCUGUGCAAGGCCUGAUUGCAGAUUUGUUGAAUCUACUGUAUCAGCGCGCUACAGAGAGGAUGUGAGAAACCACCAGUUAACAAGCAUAAUCUACAAGAAAAAGACAUGGUUUCACCUGAGCAAGUUUGGCCCGAGCCAUUCCCAGAUUGGCCAAAAGCCAUUCGUGAUUGGGGCUGGAUGUGGCCAGCCCAUAUCUUUGGAUUUGGAAUUCUGUUCGCUCUGUUAACGUUAUACGCGUUGUACUGUCUUUAUCGAUUUUACCAAGCUGCCUUCGUGAGACAGAGGAUCCAUUUACUGACUGUCAAUCUUGAAUUGUUUAUCGCGGGAUUGGGGCGAUCCCUCGGGCUCUUUUGGGAUCCUUACUUUUCUACCCGCUCAUCGUUUGCCAACCAAAACCUAAUUCUUUUGAUUUCUUGGGGGGUGGCUACCGCAUGUAUCACUUCAGCAUUAAGCAUAAUGCUUCUUAUUUUCUUGCAAACCACAAAAACCAAUCUGGGAUCACCGACACUACGAAACUUAACUUUCUUAACCAUAAUGACGCUUUCGAAUAUCAUUUAUAUGGUCAUGACGAAUCUGAUUGUACGCUUCUACCCCCAAACUAAAGUACUGAUUUUCACGUGCCACAUUACUUUCUCUCUCUGGGGUCUAGCUAUUUCUGUGGGUUAUUUUGUCGCAGGCUCAAGAAUGUGGAGAAAUCUCAAGCCUACGUUACAAGCUCGCUACGCACACAGACAUGAUCAAUGCUUCCUUCGUGAUGCGCGAAGAUUGAAGCGGCUGUUUUUCCUCAUGUGUGCGGCAUCUGUUUUCGGUGUUGCCAAGUUUGCCCUGUCUUUAUACGUCAGUGCUGGGGAAUUUGGAGUUUUCUCAGACCAACGCUACGCUAAACACUGGCCAUGGUUCUUCAUACAAACAACUUUCAGAAUACUUGAGCUUCUACUGAGUGCUUUGGUGUUUCGUAUCGGGGUCAAAGGCCGAAAAGAUUGCGAUCAGCGCGUCAUCUUUGCGAGAAAAACCAUUGUUGAAAAACCAGUUAAAGCGGAAACGGCAUCAUAA